CUGCUGCCUCGUCUCCUUUUUAUUCCGUCCGCCUUGCAGAGAGCAACCCCGCUUUGGCUGCUCCUCCACGUCUUCCCGCACCGAAAGCGUUCUGGUCCUUGAUCCUGAGCAAGGGCCAAGAGCUAUGCGGCAUAGGCAAGCUGUUCAAGCGGCUGUUGUGGGGGUUUUCUGCUACUUUGUGUUGCUCUACGUUCACCAAGUGAUGGACCUAUCAGCUAUCUACAAGGAGGUGCAAGUUAGUUUGGAUUUUGAUUUGUGUCUUUUCGGGGAAAUGAUAAUUUGCCAUCAUGGUAAACUCAAGUUCAGAUGGUUAACAAGGCGAGCAGGAUUAAUCAGUUGGUUUAGCUCUAUGUCUUUUUUUGUUGUGGAUGGUUUAGGUUGCUCUAUUGGGCAUUAAUCUCAUGUUCCUAUACGUAAACUAAUAUACAAAUGUGUCAAAAAAACUAAUAUAGGUGCUAUUUUCAAGUCAUUACAGAAUUAUCAAGGUUAAGGACCAAAGCAGUUCUCAUCCCUUCCAACAAUUUAUGUUUCUUGGGUCGUUACAUCUCUCAUUUCCUGGCUUCUAAGCCAAGAUACUCCUGUAGGGUGAAGGAAUUGGGAAAGUUGGUGGCGUUCUGUGUAGUGUUCAUGGUCAUGGAGCUACAACUUUGCAAGAAUUGGUUUUUUUGGUUGAUGGGGUCUACUAAUCGUUGCUGGAAAACUAAGAAACAUUGAUAUGAUAAAAUAAACAAGCUGGCUUGAAGAAUAUGGCAUCUCUUACUCCAGGGAUACUAUUAAAGGUUCUAAAAAAUAUUAAUUCAGAUGUGAAAGUAUGUGGAGAUCACCGAUCCAUUCUCCUCCAAGUUAUUAGCAUAGUCCCUGCAAUUACUGGUUCGGAACUUUGGCCAGACCAUGGUUUCUUCAUAAAAGUUUCAGAUUCAUCACACUCGACAUAUGUUUCUUUGUCAAAGGAGGACAAUGAACUCAUCUUAUCAAACAAACUACAUCUUGGACAGUUUAUAUAUGUUGAAAAGGUUCAAUCUAGUAUCCCUGUUCCAGUUCUUGUUGGGGUCCGACCAGUUCCAGGGAGGAACCCAUGCAUUGGAAACCCAAAGGAUUUGAUGCAAAUGUCAACUCCCUCUGGGGUUUUGGAAGCACUGGAUCAACAACGAAAGACUUCCAAGUCAUCUGAAUUGUCUGAAAGUGAGAAGGAAAAUUUACAGAGAAAGGUAGUUAUCAAAGAGCAGAAGGCUGUUGUUGCUUCCCGUUACAUGCUUGGGGUAUCAAGCAACAAUGGAAAAUUUACCAAUCUGAACUCCAGCAUUGAUAGCAACAAAAGUAAUGGAGGCAGUAGCAUAUGUGAAUCAAAUCAAAAGUCUGUUGCUCCAAAAGUCAGACAAGAGGCAAAACAUCAGGAACAGUUAAAUACUAUAUCUCCUAAUCAUGCUAAGUUGGUUUCCACAAAGCAAGAAAUUAAUAAGGACACCCGCAAGAAUAGGGGUCCUUCACCUAGUCAGAAUUGUUCUGCUGUCGUGAAGAAGCAAAUGCCAAAGGACAACAAAAAGGAAUCUGUAACCGAAAGAAGAUCACCACCAAAGCUUUAUAGUUCUCCACCAUCACCAUCGCCAGUGAGAACUUCACCAACAAAGCUCAGUCUGCCAGCAAAGCAGAAUGGUAUCUCCAGUCCAGUUCCUUCUGUGUCUACUGUCAAAAGAAGAGUUACAGAAACAAUCUCCUGGGACUCCCUUCCGACAAGCCUAAUCAAAUCAGGAAAGGCUGUUGUCAAGAGGAAGAAUAUUGCUCUUAUAGUAGCAGCUGAGGCUCAGAGGGAGGCUGCAGCAGCUGCAGCUCUUAUUAAAGGCCUUGGAGUUUUUGCUGAGAUAAGGGGGUCUUCUGAGGUGGAUCCACAUGCUGCAAUUACCAAGUUUUUUCAGCUACACCGACUCAUCAUUCAGCAAAGUGUUGUGUGGAAAGCUUACUCACCGGAAUCUAGCAAAGAAUCUCGAUCAGAGAAGGAAAAGUCGUCAAGGAAAGCUUCUGUGUCUCAGAACAAAGCUGCUCCAAGCAAUACAGCAAAGAAUUCCGACGAUGCUCAGACAAGUGAAAAGAUCGAAUGGGCCAGAGAUGAUGGUUUCAAGGAGAUCUGCAGGUCAUGGAUUACUCUAAAAAAAGAAUCACAGUCAUGGUUUCUGAGUUUCUUGGAGGAUGCUCUUGAAACAGGAUUCAAGUUUGAGGGUCAAGUUAAGAACACCAGAGAACGCGUGCAUGGACAAUCCAAGAGUGGAGAUGGGAAAAUUGCAGUCCGCUUGUCGCAACUGAAGGAGACAAGCAACUGGCUCGAUCAUUUGCAGAGCGAGGUGGAUGGAUCUACGGAUGGUUUGGUUGAAACCAUUGAGCAACUGAAGCAGAAGGUGUACAAAUGCUUACUUGGAACGGUCGAAACCGCAGCUUCAGCACUCGAAAAUAGAACUGGUUAUUGUUGAAAGCUUUAUCAGGGCAGGAUGUUUUUUUUUCUUGGCUGUGAUCCAACUGAAGUAUUCUGUCACAACAGUACUGCAGCACACAAGAUCCUGAUGACAUGGAGUGUGUCAGAGUGAAGAACCUAAGUUAUUUCAGCUGUACAGAUAGCAUAGGAGUGAAAAUGAAGAGGUGUAAAUAGUCGGGUUGUUCGUUUAAGUUAUAAAUUAAUUUAUUCCUUUUGCGUU